CGCACAUCUAUCUCUCUCCUCUUCCUGCCCUUCCUAUCCCGGACCAGAAGCAGAGGUCGUCAUCGAUCGAUAUCGAUCUUUGAGGAUGAGAAUAGUCCCGUUUCUGUCGGCGUUGGCCUUUGUGUUGUUGGGGUUCGUCCUCGGGUUUUCUUUCCCGGUAUCGAUCACGCCCAAGCUUCAGUGUGGCGUACUGCCUUGGAGUGGCGGUGGUUCUGCACGCUCCAGCUUCCUGGGCAGACUGUGGUCCCCAUUCUGGAACAGCAGUAGCACUUCAGGGAUUGGAAAUGUUGCAAGGAAACCUGAAGGAGCAGAGAGGUUACCGCCGGGCAUCGUGGUUUCGGAGUCCGAUCUUCACCUGCGCCGGCUGUGGGGAUCCCCAAAUAAGGACGCGCCGGUUCGCAAGUACCUCCUGGCAAUGGCGGCAGGGUACACGGAGAGAGCCAAUGUCAAUGCAACCGUUCAAAAGUUCUCGGACAACUUCGACGUUGUCCUGUUCCACUACGACGGCCGCACGACGGAGUGGGAUGAAGAGUUCCAUUGGUCGAAGGAGGCCGUCCACGUCAGCGCCAUGAAGCAGACCAAAUGGUGGUUCGCCAAGAGGUUCCUUCACCCGAGCAUCUUGGCGCCGUAUGACUACGUGUUCCUGUGGGACGAGGACCUCGGCGUCGAGAACUUCACCGCCGAAGCGUACAUUGACAUCGUGAGGAAGCACGGGCUGGAGAUCUCGCAGCCGGGGCUGGACGCGACCAAGGGGAAGAAGGCGUACGACGUCUCCGUCAAGAGAGAUGCCGGCGAGAUGCACAAGACGGAUGCAGGGGGAAGGCGGUGCCCCGACGUGCACAAGCGGCCGUGCAGCGGGUUCGUGGAGGUGAUGGCGCCAGUCUUCUCCAGGGAUGCUUGGAGAUGCGUGUGGCAUAUGAUCCAGAAUGACCUGAUUCAUGGAUGGGGGCUCGACUUCAAUUUCUGGAGAUGCGUCGAUGACCCUGAAGAGCAAGUCGGCGUCGUUGACGCUCAAUAUGUAGUCCAUCAUGGAGUCCCCACACUCAGAGAUCAGGGCAACGGAGAUAAGCAAGGAAGUAGGGCAAAGGUGAAAGACCGGCAAUACGAGGAGAUGCACGCCUUCGACUCAAGAAUGGCCAAUGCUGACAAGGCGCUCGCCAAAUCCAAAUCCCUAACCUAAAUUAGUUUCUUUACUUAGUCAGCUGGCUACACGGGGAUUGUUGCACAACCAGAUAAUAUAAUUGACUAAACACUGUGGAAAUACCCCUGGUUUUGUUAAUUAUAGACAGUUUUGUCCAACAAACCGAGAGGGGUUGCCAUGAGAUGAUUUUAUUUACUUCUAUUUUUUGAUUAUUAUUUGAUUCAUUCUUGUAUAUUUUAUUUUAUUGGACUUUGUAUUAUUGGACACUGAUCGAGAGAUUUAUUUUAUUCUUGAUAACAUACAGUUUCUGGUGGUUAGAUACAACACUAUGAUAGGUAGAACUUGCUUUGUGCAUUGACAUCUGUGUGCUUCCCUAACACUUGCCGUGAUGAUUUUCUGGAUGAAUCUGUUACGAGAAUGCUGCCUUAUCCUGUAGUAUUUGAUACGAGAGUUCGUCUUAGCUUUGGUAAUAU